AUGGCGGAUACCGGCAUGGCUGGUAAAACCGAUAUACGGUCAGCGAUGUGGAAUCCAGGAGGCUGGAAAAGCCUUUUGACAUUUUUUAUUCUUGCAUUGGCAUGGUUGGGAGGUUUCAGUGCUAGACUUUUUGCUGUCAUUAGAUUUGAAAGCAUAAUCCACGAGUUCGAUCCUUGGUUCAACUACCGAGCAACACAUUAUAUGGUAUCCCAUGGCUUCUACAAUUUUCUCAACUGGUUCGAUGACCGAGCCUGGUACCCUUUGGGAAGAAUUGUUGGGGGCACAGUGUAUCCAGGUCUGAUGGUCACGUCCGGGUCUAUACACUGGAUUCUCAAUCAGCUCAAUAUACCCGUGCACAUUCGGGACAUCUGCGUAUUUCUUGCUCCAGUUUUUAGUGGUCUCACGUCUUUAGCAGUUUAUUUUUUUACAAAAGAAAUCUGGAGUCCAGGAGCUGGGCUGUUUGCUGCUUGCUUUAUCGCCAUUGUGCCCGGUUAUAUCAGUAGGUCCGUUGCAGGAAGUUAUGAUAAUGAGGGCAUCGCCAUAUUUGCUCUCAUGUUUACAUACUUUUUGUGGAUAAAAGCUGUCAAAACAGGAGCAUUGUUCUGGGGCAUAUGUUCAGCUCUGUCAUAUUUUUACAUGGUGUCGGCAUGGGGAGGUUACGUCUUCAUCAUCAACCUCAUCCCUCUUCAUGUCUUCGUCCUUAUGCUAAUGGGGAGGUACUCCACGAGAAUAUACACUGCUUACUCAAGUUUCUUCAUAGUUGGUCUUAUAUUGUCCAUGCAGAUCCCUUUCGUGGGAUUUCAGCCAAUCAGAACGAGUGAACAUAUGGCUGCAGUAGGUGUGUUCGCGCUGGUUAAUGCCUAUGCAGUGUUGAAGUAUGUGCAGACGUUUAUGACAAAAGAAGAGUUUAAAUACGUCUUUAUGAUGGCAGUGGGAGGGGCUGCUGGUGUGGUGUUUAUGUCCGUCAUAGGACUCACCUGGGCAGGUUAUAUCGCCCCGUGGAGCGGUCGUUUCUACUCGCUGUGGGACACGGGGUACGCAAAGAUUCACAUUCCGAUCAUCGCCUCAGUGUCCGAGCACCAGCCCACGACCUGGGUGUCAUUCUUCUUUGACCUGCACAUUCUCAUCUGUGCGUUUCCCGCUGGCGUAUGGUACUGCAUCAAGCAUAUUAACGAUGAGAGAGUCUUCGUGGUGCUAUAUGCAAUAUUUGCCAGCUAUUUUGCUGGUGUCAUGGUGAGGCUGAUGCUGACCUUGACCCCGAUAGUGUGUGUGCUUGCUGCCAUUGCAUUUUCAAGGACGUUUGAAAACUAUCUCAAAGAUGACAUGCCAAAAAAUAAUCAAAAAAGUACAGAUGAAAACCAGGAGAAUAAGAAUGAUCGACUUUAUGACAAGGUUGGUAAAACGAAAAAGACGAAAGACGACAAACCUAAAGAUGAGGAGGGUCUGGGCAUGAACAUCAAGAGUGUCAUAGUGAUAGCCCUGCUCAUGCUGCUCAUGCUGUUCGCGGUUCACUGCACGUGGGUGACGAGUAGCGCUUACUCCAGUCCGAGUAUCGUACUAGCCUCGUACGGACAGGGAGGAAGCCGGACAAUACUUGACGAUUUCCGAGAAGCCUAUUACUGGUUGCGACAGAACACGGAUGAUGAUGCGCGAGUCAUGUCUUGGUGGGACUAUGGCUAUCAGAUCGCUGGUAUGGGCAACCGGACAACGCUAGUGGAUAACAACACGUGGAAUAACAGUCAUAUAGCACUAGUUGGCAAGGCUAUGUCAUCUAACGAGACUGCAGCGUAUGACAUCAUGAAGACGUUGGAUGUCGACUACGUGUUGGUUAUAUUCGGUGGUGUCAUCGGCUACUCUGGGGACGACAUCAACAAGUUCUUGUGGAUGGUCCGAAUAGCUGAAGGGGAACAUCCGAAAGACAUUCGGGAGAGUGAUUACUUCACUCAACAAGGCGAGUUCCGUGUUGAUGCUGCCGGCUCUCCUACGUUACUCAACUGUCUGAUGUACAAACUGUCGUACUACCGCUUCGGGCAACUGCAGCUGGACUUCCGGACGCCGGCUGGCUUCGAUCGGACGCGUGGCGUGGAGAUCGGGAGGAAGGAGUUUGAGCUAGAGCACCUGGAGGAGGCGUACACCACGGAACACUGGCUCGUCAGGAUCUACCGCGUCCUCAAACCCGGCAACCGCAACGUCGUCAAGAAACCCAACAAACCAUUCAAAAAAUCACCACGAAAGAAGUAUAAAAAGUCCAACAAACGGAAACCUGGCUCUAUAAAGUAUAAGCCGAAGGUGAAAAAAGGCGUGAAGAAAUCAAAGAAACAGUAAACUGUACAUUGUAUUA